AUACAAAUAGGUUCUCAAAAGUUUCACCAUUGCCUGUUGAGUUGAUUAUUUUCAAUCCAUUAUGACUUCAGAUUGGUGGGGUGGGAAACCUGGUCCUAAGAUGUAUUAUGGAAAUUGUGGAGGUACUACACUGUUACAAGAAAUAUGUAUGGUGAACCACAACCGGGUGCCUCAUCUACAAGACCUGCUCAACAUGCUCAGCUACAAACGGUUUUUGUCUCAAGCACCGAUAUGUAUGGAACACCACAACCAGUUGGGGAUAAUGUGUACACGAGUAAGGGUUGAGUGCCAUCUUGGCUUCAGUCCCCCACACCGUCAAGUAACCCUCCACCAUCAAAAGUCAAUCUACGGGAUAAAUCUACUGUCAAUUGUGAUCCGACAGUUCAGUUGGAGAACAGUGGUCAAACAAGAACAACGUUUUAUGCUGAAAUUGUCAAGAAUGUCAGCAAUGUUGAGUCCUCGGGAAAUGAUGACAGUUCUGAACAUGACGGUAGCCCAGUUGAAGAUGUUUCAAGCUCAGUUGAAGAUGGUACAAAUCUCAAGUUCAAGCGAGGAUGGAUCUGAAUAUGAAUCAACAAGGGAGGUUGUUGAUUCUGAGGCAAAUGAGUCAAUAUCUGUGAAUCCAGUCAGGAUGUUCCAGGAGGAACUAUUGAUAGUCUUAGGAUUGUUGAUGGUGGAGCGUCCAUGCACAAGAUCGGCGACAUAAGGCUCCGGAACAUGGUUACAUCUAGGAGAAUAUUGUUGCCUUUGAUGGAGAGAGAAAAGGAAAAGAAGACAAAUAUUCCUACGAAGGAAUGAUGAUGAUAGAAUGUGGUUGAAUGAAGUUGAAAGAUUUCGACAAGAUGAAAAAUGUUCCAAAAUUUGAUUGUUGAAGGUUUUGAUCGGGUCCUCAGGAAAUAUUCCAAUGAAAAGUACACGCCUGCAGCACGUCUGAAGCUUUUUGAAGAUUGAUGAAUUUUUCUUCCACAAGAAGUUCGAAGUCCACAAGAUGAGCGUGUAGGGUACUUUUCUCUACGGUGUGAUUGAAGAAAAUUUGUUUGUUUAACAAACUACACCAGGUGUGCGCGGAUACCUUGGAGUGGAUUAAACAACCCCUCACUACUUCUAAAGGAGAAAGACGGAGACCUUUGCUGAUGCAAAAGUACGUGGAAGAGAUCAUGUAUGGACCGACCAAUGAUGAUGUGUACAAGCUUUCCCACAUGCUCCCUUGUCACUUACCAGCCAGAGACCUUGGAGGUUUUUGAUCUUGUUGCUGUGAAGAGAAUUCUCGGUUCAUUGAAGUAGCUGCAAAAUCGAUCUUAAAAUCCACACCGGGUGGAUAUCCAGUUUGGGAGAGCACUCAGCUUCCUGCCAAUGCACGAAGUAGUAGCAGGAUUACGGUUUUGAAUUUUUAAUAUCUCCUAUCCUUGUCGAUAUUUAAGCUGCUUUAUGAUUUUCUAACAUCUUGUACAGCACUCCUUGACCAGACACGUUGAUCUCGAAUAUCACCUCACACGUGAUUGUUUCAAUAUGAAACUCAUCAAUGUUGUUUUGGUCCACACCGAUUACCGACAUGCCAACUGAUUUUUCCAGAAUUCGAUAAAUCAUUUCUGAUUAAAAUUAGUUUUGGUAAACGACAUCGAGGUAAAACAUGAGUUAAACCAACAUCAAAAAAUCAUUUUUGUAAAUA